AUGACGGAAAAAGAUCAAUUAAAUACAGACGAAGCUACUAGUGGUGAUGACCAAGACACAGAUCAAUUGAAUACAGACAAAACUACUAGUGGUGAUGACCAAGACACAGAUCAAUUAAAUACAGACAAAACUACUAGUGGUGAUGACCAAGACACAGAUCAAUUAAAUACAGACAAAACUACUAGUGGUGAUGACCAAGACACAGAUCAAUUAAAUACAGACAAAACUACUAGUGGUGAUGACCAAGACACAGAUCAAUUAAAUACAGACAAAACUACUAGUGGUGAUGACCAAGACACAGAUCAAUUAAAUACAGACAAAACUACUAGUGGUGAUGACCAAGACACAGAUCAAUUAAAUACAGACAAAACUACUAGUGGUGAUGACCAAGACACAGAUCAAUUAAACACAGACGGAGCUGCUGUUGAAAUUAUUAACGACGACUACGAUGCUGAGUAUCCAAAUGGCAACUUUUAUUAUUUAUAUAAACCAUAUUGCAUCGAUAAAUUUAGAGCAAAUAAAAUUCAUCGAAGAAUAUUGGUUGAUCACGACUUUUCCAAUAACAACUGCAUAAGAUGCAACAAAUUGGCACAGUAUAGGCUGUUACCAUGUCAUCAUUAUCUAUGCAGAGCCUGUGCUUGUAUUUUAUUAAUGAGAGUUGAGUUAGGAUAUUACUUGAAAUGUCCUAAGUGUCAUCUUGAAUCAACCGAUGUAGUGUAGGAUGAUUUACACUUAUAACAGU